AUGGCAAUGGAGACCGAGUUUGAAUGCUAUGACUAUGAUAAGUUUGCUUUGUAUGAUCCAGCCUUUUAUUCUGUCGAAGAAAACAUCAGCGACGAAGAUUUUAACCUUUUCCAUAAAAUUGACCGGACUCUGUUUUACAGGCUAGUCCGUAAACUUGGCCGCAACGUCGAGGAAUCUAUGUUUGUAGUGGCAUUCCUCAUCUGGCUCGAGAGGAUCGGAUGUGGCCGCGAUGCUGUCCACAAAGUAACUUCUUGGCCAUUUCAUUUGCUCGAUCAACUUGCUAAUGAAAUUGCUGGCCUUUCGAUGUGGCUGGACGGGAGCAACAGGGACCCGGAGUACAGGAAUCUCUAUGUGCUUCUCAAUUUACUCUCUCGUGACAUCAACUGGCUUAGUUUUCAUGAGAAACGGAUUAAGAUCCUUCAUGCUGUUAGGAAGAUCGUCUCCGAAGUCUGCAGGAGGGCCUUUCGAGACAUACUGGCUAGUAAUUGUCAGUUUGUCGAUGUGGAAGGAGAUCGAAUGUGGUAUGCUUAUAUUAAUCCAGUUGUUGUACCACCUCCUAUGUACCACAAUGGUGUAGUCAGGUUCCCUCAAAUGGAGUUUGGAGGAAAUUCGCGUGCUGUACACUUAAUGGAUCCCUCUCACAAUGUCAGAAAAGUAUUGGAGAAUCCCAGUGCUGAUUUAAGUGAAAUUUUUGGAGGAAUGCAGCUGGUGGAUGGUUGCGACGACGAACCUCAAGUUGCACCGGUUGACAGAACAAUAUUUUUGACAUUCUCCAAAGGAUAUUACAUCGCAGAGCUGGAAUUGAGAGAAUUCUUCACAGGGAUUUUUGGUGAUUUUAUAGAGGAUAUGAUUAUGGAAAACGUAUCAAGUGAUAGACAACCAUUAUAUGCUCGAAUGGUUUGCCGUUCAUCUUCCAUCAUUCCUCGAAUUGCUCCUUUUGGGACAAAAACCAAGUACUCCAUCAACGGAAAGCAAGUAUGGGCUAAAAAGUAUGAAAGGCGAAGCCGAGCAUCAUCUUCGUCUGGAAAUGCCACUUCAGAGUAA